AUGUGCAGGAUGUCGUUCAAGAAAGAAACACCACUUGCCAAUGCUGCAUUUUGGGCUGCAAGGAAAGGAAACCUGGCUCUCCUCCAGCUGCUGCUCAACAGUGGGCGAGUGGACGUGGACUGCAGAGACAGCCUUGGCACAACAGCUCUGAUGGUAGCAUCUUACUAUGGCCACAUAGACUGUGCACGGGAACUGGUGUUGCAAGGAGCAGAUAUCAAUCUGCAGAGAGAGUCAGGUGCUACUUCUCUGUUCUUUGCUGCACAGCAAGGCCACAAUGAUAUAGUGAAGUUUCUCUUUGAAUUUGGAGCUUCCACUGAGUUUAAGACUAAAGAUGGAGGUACUGCCCUUCUAGCUGCUAGUCAGUAUGGGCAUGCAAAAGUAGUGGAGACACUGUUGAAGCAUGGUGCCAACAUUCAUGAUCAACUUUAUGAUGGAGCUUCUGCAAUUUUCCUGGCAGCACAAGGAGGUUAUCUGGAUGUCAUCCGAUUGUUGCUUUCUUCAGGAGCAAAGGUCAACCAGCCACGGCAGGAUGGGACAGCUCCCUUGUGGAUUGCAUCACAGAUGGGUCACAGUGAGGUGGUGCGAGUAAUGCUGCUGCGGGGAGCUGAGCGAGAUGCUGCGCGGGAUGAUGGUACAACUGCUUUACUGAAGGCUGCUGUUAAAGGGUACAACAAUGUGAUAGAAGAGUUGCUGAAAUUCUCUCCCACACUUGGCCUGCUAAAGAACGGGACCUCUGCUCUCCACGCGGCCGUCCUGAGCGGCAACGCCAGGACCGUGGCACUGCUCCUCGAAGCAGGGGCAGACCCGUGCCUGAGGAACAAGGCAAACGAACUGCCAGCAGAACUAACAAAAAACGAGCGCAUCCUCCGACUCCUCCGCAUGAAGGAAAAGCAAAGGAAAAGCUAAUGCAGCCCUGUAGCAACUGGAGGUUGACAGAGAUGCACCCUGACCGCAGCAGCAUGACAGUAAACCUAGGAUGCCCAAGAAGAGCUUGUAGGAACAGUUUGCAGAGCUGAUUAGCCUCUCCUGUACACGCUUCUUGAAUGCAUGAGGGCCUUGCCACGGGGUCACCACAGGUCAGGGCCUCCUCCUGACAUUGCUGAACACAGAAGGACUGUGACAAGAGCAGGGUUUGGCCUGGGAGCUGCAUUUGGGCUGCAGCCCUACCCAUACUCCAGGAUCCCACCAGUCCCAGCAUUGAUGUUUGCUCCCUUAUGCCUUCAGUAUCUGCAUCCCUGUUCGUUCAGAUGUGGGUCCACGUACUGACAUGGCCACACACCUCUGACAGGUGCCACAGGGCACACAUUUUGCUCAGGAGCACUCAGCCUAUGUGCCAAAAGGAUGCCCAGACCUUGCAGCUGUUCGGAUGCAGUUGGUCAUAGAGCAGCCCCAUGGUGCUGCAGCCCUCCCUUUGCUGGCAGUGCUAGCUCAGACCAUUCCUCUUUACUUCCAAGUGCCACAUGGGGCUAGAGGUGAGAUUCCCCCCUACGACAUCCCAACAGGGAAAAAUCCUCCUGCCAGCUUUGGGCUUUGGUAAUGUUUUGGCUACUACAUGAAGCUCCUUAAAAAUGAUCCAGAGCAUGACAAAUUGUGCCAAAAGCUAUUGACCUAGCAACAGUAAGCAAGAAGAUGUCCUCCUCUGUUGUGGCACCUUGACCUGUCAAUCUAUCCAGCAACAGAAACACAGUGGAGCAGCUGGCAGCAUUUUGCAGUGCAUACACAGUGCCCUGGGGAUCCAUCCCCAACCCUGCAGGCUAUGUACAUGCAGUUUUAUGUGUAGGGUAUGACUGGUUAUUGAGCCAGCCAGUGAGAGAUACAUUCACUGGUCUAAGUACAUCAGAAAUUCAGCUGUUAGGCACAACAGUAUAAGUGCUAUACAAGUGGUAUACGUAUGUUCUGCUCACACAUAUAUGUGACACUGUGGUUUAGUA